CUUCUCUCCUCUUUCUGGUGAGGAAGACAAACCCAUUUUGCCUGCCUACACUGAAAUUUCUUCGCUUGUUUCUAAAGUCAAAAAAGAGCUUCCAGUUUUUGCUUGGUUUGUUUUCUACGCGUUUGUCAAACAAACUUCCUCUCCUCUUUGUCUUUUUUUCUCUCUCUUCCACCAUUUAUUUACUGGGUUUAUUCAAUUUCUGGGUUUUGGUUUUGAUGAGUUUCAAGCGGUGGGUUGUUAUUUACUUGUGAAUUUCACUGUUCGAGAACUAAUUCUUCUUUAACGAUUGUUUUCAGUUUUGGGAAUAAGAAAUAUUAGUCGGUUUGUUUUUGGUUUCUGUGAAAUGAAUUGGCACUGGAAAUUCAGUGAGCAUAGCUUGUUGGUUAUUGCGCUGCUCUUGUGUUUGGUGCAUCAGGAAUUGAGUUUCUGUUUGUCUCUCAAUGAUGAGGGUUUGGCACUGUUGAGAUUCAGGGAGAGAGUAGAGAGUGAUCCAUUUGGGGCUUUGUCGAAUUGGAAAGAUGGUGAUGGAGUGGAAAAUCCAUGUACUUGGUUAGGAGUUGGGUGCUUUAAUGGGAAUGUUGCGUCUCUGGACUUGAAAGAUCUCCAUCUAUGUGGUACCCUAGCUCCUGAUAUCGCGCGCUUGGUUCACUUGAAGUUUAUAAUUUUACGUAACAACUCCUUUACUGGGUUCAUACCUGAUGAGAUUGCAAAGCUAAAAAAGUUGAAGAUUCUGGACCUGGGAUAUAAUAACUUUAGCCAGCCACUGCCUUCCGAACUUUGCAAUAAUCCCUCUCUGGAAAUUCUUUUAUUAGACAACAAUGAGCUGUUUAGCCGCAUAUUUCCUGGAACCGAUAGAUUUGAAAUGGUCCAAGAUGUCCGAGAAAAUAACAACCAUGCUCCCAGAGCCCAACCUUUGUCACUUCCCAAUGGGAGAUUGAUUUUGAGGACUACAGAAGCACUUGGAAAUGUAGCUGGAAGAAAAUUACUAAAAGUGUCGUCUUUUUCUCUCCUGAAUAACUUCCAGAAGCAAUUUCGGCCAGUCUUCCGACUUCUAGACCCUCCUGACGCUGUUCUAGAAAACAGUGCACCUUCAUCAUCCCCUUCUCCAUCACCAAGUCCUUCUCUUUCCCCAUCUCCUACACCGACAAUUACUGCAGAACCUCAUCUGGCUCAUUCACCAAGAUCCUCUCCUUCUCCAUCUUCACUUCCCAGUCCUGCAGAGAACAGCAGUAGAGUUGAAGAUGCCAGACAAAGUCAUCAUCGAGCUUUAAUAUUGUCUGCAGCUAUAGGAGGUUUCAUUCUACUAUUAAUAUUGGUAACUUGCACAAUCUUCUUUCGAAGCAACAAAAUGGCUGUUGUAAAGCCUUGGGCCACUGGAUUGAGUGGACAGUUGCAGAGAGCAUUUGUUACCGGUGUGCCAAAGCUUAAGAGAUCAGAACUUGAGUCAGCCUGUGAAGAUUUCAGCAAUGUGAUCGGUUCCUCAUCUGUUUGCACACUAUAUAAGGGCACAUUAUCCAGUGGAGUUGAGAUAGCUGUGAUAUCUCGUACAGUGGCAUGUACUAAGGAUUGGUCAAAAGAUAUGGAAGCCCAUUUUAGGAAAAAGAUUGAUACAUUGUCAAAGGUCAAUCACAAAAACUUUGUCAGCCUCCUUGGUUUUUGUGAAGAAGAGGAUCCAUUUACCAGAAUGAUGGUUUUUGAGUAUGCUCCUAAUGGGACCCUCUUUGAACAUUUGCAUAUAAGGGAAGCUGAACACUUGGACUGGGGGAUGCGAAUGAGGAUAACAAUGGGCAUGGCAUACUGCCUUGACCACAUGCAUAAUUUGUCGCCAUCAUUACCACAUAAAAACUUGACCUCCUCUGCUGUGUACCUCACAGAAGACUCUGCAGCCAAAAUAUCAGAUUUUGGGUUCUGGAAUGAGACAGACGGACCUGAAAUGGGGUCGAGCCCAGAAAGUAAUGUUUACAGCUUUGGUGUAGUUCUGUUUGAGAUGAUGACUGGUAGGCUCCCUUACUCAGCAAACAGUAGCUCUCUUGAUGGCUGGGCAUCAGACUAUCUCUGGGGAGGAGAAUCCCUGAGGGAAAUGGUUGAUUCAACUUUAACUUCUUUCCAAGAGGAACAGGUAGAGAGAAUAGCUGAUGUGAUUAAAAUGUGUGUACAUCCUGAGCCAAGACAACGACCGACAAUGAGAGAGGUUUCUUCCAGAUUGAGAGAGAUAACAGGUAUAGGACCAGAUGAGGCAACCCCAAGACUCUCUCCUCUAUGGUGGGCUGAGCUUGAGAUUAUAUCAACAGAGGCUUGUUAAUGCAUAGGCACCUCAGAUUUGCCUUUAGAUGUUAAUCAAUAUAGAGGCUGUAUAUACAAAGAUGGAAACCCUUUUCCCAUUUGAUUUUCUUUUGGGUGGAUCACAAGAGCUAUCGACUCUGGGGGCAGAGGAGAAGUUUUGGUUUGUGUACAAAAAAAGAAAUUUAGUAUGUAAGUAAUUUUUAAUCGCCUCAAUUUACUCUCUUAGAGGCUUGGAAUCAAUUCUAUAUAGAUUAUGAACACUCCAUUAGCAGCCUGGACAAACAGGAGAAAACCCAAGGGUCGUUUGGUUUAAUACAAUGUAUUAUUAGCGUU